AACUAAUGUGUGCCUGACAGGCAAUCACACAGCUCAUCCAAAGUGAUAACAGCAUAAGAACCUACAUACAGGUUUCCCAUAAACCUAGGACUAAAUUCAAGGGCGAAGAAUGGCUAUACAUUUAAGGAGCACUUUGGUGGUCUGUCUGACGCUGCUCACUUUACCAUCGGGCAUACACAGUCAAGAUGAUUCCUUGGCGGGAAGUUUUCUAUCGGGUCUCUUGGAUACUAUAACAAGCACAGCCGAUUCGAAAGAUUGCCCUGGCGUUUGUGUGCACACGCUAGCCACGCUCAUUUGCUAUGAAGUUCUGGAUGAUAUACCAUGUCCAUCGCCUAGUAUGAAGUGUUGCAUCGAAAGUGCGCCAGGCAAAAAUAACACAUUGACGCAUACGAGUACCACCACAACAACGACGAGUACAACCAGUACUACAAAGCGUCCUACAACCACAACCACCAAAUUGACUACCACAUCAACCACACCGAAGCCGAAGACCACUUCUAGGCGGCCAACUACAACCACUACAACAACGACAACCACAAAAAAGACUACAACAACCAAGAAGCCGACUACUACCAGCACAUUGGCACCGAAAAAAGGCGAAGAGAAGGACGCUGGCAGUAUUGAUGGAGCUAAAGUACAAAACUGCACAGGCGUUUGUGUGGCCGAUCGCAUUGCCGAAUACUGUGAGGCUUACCUGACAACGAGCGGACUCUGCACGUCGGGAACUAAAUGUUGCGUCUCACUGAACGAUUACGCCAAUGUGAAACUUCCAAAGGAUAUCUAUGUACCAGCUAAACACAUGGCGAAUUUGAACAAUAUGCAACAUAAAAAUAAGACCAGCGCUACUACGAAGCAAACGACCACAAAGCAAACAACAACCUCGACCGUAGCGACAUCUAGUACGACCGGCACAACACCCGAGCCGGCGCGCACAAAGAUCAGUAACAACGCGAACGCCAACAAGCCAGCAAAACACAAAAAGACACCAGCUACCACAACCACCACUACCGAAGAUCCCGCCGAGGAUGAGCAAGAAGUGGAAGACGAUGAUGCCGAGGCUGAGAGCGAUUCGAACAAUGACGCCAACGACAAAGCCGAAAAUCCCAAUGGUCAAACACUCAAGGAGUGCGAGGGUGAAUGCAUGAAUGGCAUAUUUGCUAUUUUCUGUGAUGACAUUGACUCAGAGGCCUUCUGUCCCGGUGAGGGCAGUUGUUGUGUGACUGGUGUUGCCUCCGAAGCUACGCCUGCGGCUGCUACCAAGCCAACACCAACUAAACCGGCGACAAAGAUUGCCAAGCCACAACAAAGACCGGCCGCAAAGCCAGCGCCACCACCACAAGCAGCGCCACCACUUUUACAAUCCGGCGGCAAUGACUUUUUCUCACAAAUUCUCUCCUUCGCUGAGAAUACGCUUGGCGGCACUGGCAAUCAGCCAGCGCCGCAAACACCGCCACCCGUACAACGUUGCCCCGGUUUUUGUCUGCUCAACAUAAUGGCGGCCUUCUGCGAGCGUCCUUCGGUGCUUAUCACCACACCGACCACAUGUGCCAAGGGCUCUGUUUGCUGCGAUAAUACCGCUUCGCCACCAAAGCCACCACCGCAAAACAGGCGUCCACCCACAGCCGCCCCUACAACUCAGCAAGCGCCGCCUUAUGUUGUACCCAGCACACCAUUGCCAGACCCACGUGAAGAAUGUCCUGGCUCCUGCAUAGUACCGCUGCUUAGCUUCACCUGCUUCAAAAACGCCGAGAUGACCGACCUAUUCAAAUGCAAGCGAUCUGGGCAGAUUUGUUGUGCGCCCAAGAGUCGCAUACUCGAGAAGCAACAAUUCCAGACACGCAACGAUACACUCUACGCCAAUUACCCACCGCCGCCUCCAAUGGUUGGCGUGCCACAACCAUAUCCACCGCAACCGCAAUAUCCUCCACCACCACCGCCACCACAUUACAUGGUGACGCAACCGCCACAGGCGCAUCAUCAUUAUCCACCACCGCCGCCACCACAAAUACUACAACAACAACAACAUCAGCUUCAACCACAACAGCCCACUUACGAUUACGCACACUACGGCCCAGCAUUGGUACCUCAACAGCAAGGACAUGUACCACCACCGCUGCCGCCACAAUUACCACCCACCACCACAACGACCACUACUACAACCACUACCACAACGCCACGUCCACAUAUCUACUCGAAAUAUGUAUGCGGCGUCAAGGGCACUCUGCGCAGUGGACGCUCAAGUUCUUCACCGGCGCUAUCGUUGGUCUCCUAUGCGCGCGCCAUGUAUGGCGUACAACGUUCGGCUCGUCAGCUGAGCCAGGUGGCCAUGCCACAGUCACAAGCGCAAUUGAACAAAUCAAACGAGCGUCUCGUUUUGGGAUCUGCCAUUGUGCCCAUACAAAUACACAACGAUCUGAUACCGAGCGGUGAGUGGCCGGAUGCUAACCAGCUGCGUUCGUACCAUGAACAUCAGUCGAUUUCAGCGGCAGCUGUGCAGAGUCGUUAUCGCCACUCGGUGGUCGGCGAGCCGGUCUACCCUAUGAACUUUAAUGCUUCGCGGAGGCGGGCGCGUGUAGUUGGUGGUGAAGAUGGCGACAAUGGCGAGUGGUGCUGGCAAGUGGCGUUGAUCAAUUCGUUGAACCAGUAUCUGUGCGGAGCGGCGCUCAUCGGUACACAAUGGGUGCUGACCGCAGCUCAUUGUGUGACAAACAUUGUACGUUCGGGUGACGCCAUUUACGUACGCGUGGGCGACUACGAUCUGACACGAAAAUAUGGUAGCCCCGGUGCGCAAACUCUACGCGUAGCUACAACCUAUAUUCACCACAAUCACAACAGUCAAACAUUGGAUAACGAUAUAGCGCUACUAAAGUUACACGGACAAGCAGAAUUACGAGAUGGCGUAUGCUUAGUCUGCCUGCCAGCACGUGGUGUCAAUCAUGCAGCCGGCAAACGUUGUACUGUUACGGGUUAUGGCUACAUGGGUGAAGCCGGUCCAAUACCAUUGCGUGUGCGUGAAGCUGAAAUACCAAUCGUAAGCGAUGCUGAAUGCAUACGCAAGGUGAAUGCAGUCACCGAGAAGAUAUUCAUUUUGCCUGCCUCAAGUUUCUGUGCCGGUGGCGAAGAGGGUAACGAUGCCUGCCAAGGUGAUGGUGGCGGUCCGUUGGUAUGUCAGGAUGAUGGCUUCUUUGAACUGGCCGGUCUGGUAUCGUGGGGCUUCGGCUGCGGACGCGUCGAUGUGCCAGGUGUUUAUGUGAAGGUUUCCUCAUUCAUCGGUUGGAUUAAUCAAAUCAUUAGCGUCAAUAAUUUAUAGUCUUAAGGAAAUUCGAAGUGCACAGCAAAAUAAUGGAAUCAUCAAGACUCUUUACGUACAUCGUUAGUAAUUACUUAAAUAUUUAUUUUAAAAAGUGAAUUUAGCAAAAAUUCACAUACUUGUAGGGCGCUCUCCGCAAAUGGGGAGAGUGCUCUACGAAUGUGUGGUUUAUUUUAUUUAAAAGCAACUUACUAACAUACAAAU